AUGGACCUGCCCCAGAUCGAGUCGCUAGGGGAGACACUGUCUGCUUCGACCGAACAGCAGCGCCAGAUCUCUGUCCGGGGUACAGCGUCGUCGCUGGCUGUGCGCUAUGAGCAGUGGCGCAUGCUGUUGCUCGCAGCCAGAGGGGAGCUGGAAGCCCUGAUCGACUUCUCUGAGGACCAACACUUCGACGAGUCUCCGGUGCAACUCUGCGCGUCUGUUGCCGAACAAGUUCAAGUUUUGCGCGCGCAAAUGGAGGCACACGUAGCCAACGCGGUUCGUGGCGAGCUGCUGCGCAACGGCAUCAGCAUGGCUCUUCUAGGAGCGCCCAAUGCUGGCAAGAGCAGCCUGCUCAAUCGCAUCGUUGGACGAGACGCUGCGAUUGUUUCACAGGAAGCCGGCACGACUCGAGAUAUCGUGGAAGUCAGUGUCGACCUGGGUGGUUGGCUGGUUAAGAUCGGCGAUAUGGCGGGCUUGCGCAGGGCUGGUCUGGUAGGAGCAGACAUCGUUGGUGCAGUCGAACAAGAGGGCAUCAAGCGUGCCAAACAACGAGCGCUCGAGUCAGACGUCCUUGUCGUGGUUCAAGACGCGACAACAGACAUGGACCCCGAGGUCACGGAAACGGCGAAGCAAUGCGUCGAGUCAGGCAUCAACGUCGUUGUCGCAGUGAACAAGAUCGAUCAGUUCUCGUCGACAAGUGGCGCCGAGGAUGCAUGGAAGGCAAGGAUCCGCUCGACUCUCGGCAUCGCAGAAUCGCGCAUCUCCUUCAUCUCCUGCAGAGAGGCCUCAACCGCCGUCCCACUCACUUCCAAGAACACCGACCCAGGAAACAUGCAGUCCUUCCUAACCACCCUCAUGCAAACUUUCCGCGACAUGACCGCCGCCCUCGUCCCCGACUCCGACCCCAACCCAUCCAUCUGGCAAGAAUCCCUCGGCGCAACCGAACGCCAACGCAUCCUCCUCUCCGAAUGCCUGACACACCUCGAAGCCUUCCUGACAGCCGUCACCCCCGAACUCACCGAAUCGCACUCAGCAUACGGCAUCGAGCCCGACGCAACAGACGACAUCGACAUCGACAUAGUCCUGGCCGCAGAGUCGCUCCGCAGUGCCGCCGACGCACUGGGCAAGAUCAUUGGGCGAGGAGAUGGCGGAGAUGUAGAGGAGGUGCUGGGUGUUGUUUUCGAGAAGUUCUGCGUCGGAAAAUAG